AUGACCACUCUCGACCACCGCUUCUACCCCCACAUCCUGGACCUGAUCUUCGAGACCGCACCUCGAAUGAGUCUCUUCGCCCUCCGCACAGCGAGCCACGCGUUCCACGACAGGGCCGAUCAUGCCCUCGCCAAACACCUCUCGAUCUCCAUUCACCCGGCCAUUCGUGGUCAAGUACCCACCAGUACCAUCGGCGACUCUGACUCCGACGACUCCCACUCCGAGAACGGAUACCAGGACUCCCGCACUCAAAUCCUAGGUCUUGAUGAGCGCCGACGUUUGCCCGCCUUCCCCAACAACAUCACCACCCGAACCGCUCGUCACCUCAAAAAGCGCCAGCUUCUCAUCCUCGGCAGCGCCCGAGUUGUCGACAGGGUUGGUGGCAUGUCGGCCGACUACUUGAACCUCCUCACGCCGUCAUUCAACCUGGACACGUACCGUGUCAUGUCGACUUCUCGUUGGGAACCCAUCGCCUCCGCCUAUUUGCCGUUCACCUGCAAAACGGUCGUGCUGUUUGGCAGUGAAGACCCCCCCGUCGGCUACCAAACCCUACGCGACGCCCGCAAACUCGUGGUCCGUUUGAGUUCAAAGGACCAAGACGUUGGCAAGAGACUCAUGGUUCUAUUCCAUCUUACCAGGACAACUCAUGGAGGCCGCAUCGUUCUCAUCUGCGACCCAGAUGCCAUGGACUCCUUGCUGUCGGAAUUCCCGACUUGCUUCCCUUUUUUGGACACCGACUGGCAUAUCAUCAUUGUCGACUUUCCUUGCGACCUGGCCCACGACCACCAGAGUAACCCGGCUGCAUGCGCUGCUCGGAAGCUUGCACGCCUUCGUCAGAUGAUCCAGUCCAACUACCACGGCCUUGACUUCAAUUACACCAGAGGCAUGCCUUUCACGGACACGCAGUUGCAAACGCUCCAGAACUACGUCAGCCGAUUCAGCCUCAUGUCUCGCGAGCAGUACCUCUCAACCCUGUCCCCCGAAGAAGCCAUCCUCGAAACCGUCGAACCCACCGCAUGA